AUAACCAGCUAUUGUAUUAUUUUAGUGGCUCACUCUAAAUUUUUACUCUUUUUAGAGCAGUAUUAUAGAAACUAGAACUUCUAUAACUGGUGUUAUAGAAAUUAGAGUUCUUGUCAUACAAAUAGAAAUGUACUUGCAGAUCAAAUCACUCCCUUGGUACACUUACUUUUUAGCCUCUCCAUCAUACAACAAAAAAAGAAAUGAAAAGCAGCAAAUGACCUGUGCCUGCCUCAAAAUGAAAACAGCAUUAAUGACUUUUGUUAGGUAUAGUUUGCCCAGUAAAUAAUACAGAGAAAUUCUGGUUUUGUAGCUUUUUUGUGUGUAAGAUUUUACAUUAGAGAAGAAUAUGAUAUUGAUAACAGAGUAAAUUAAUAGAAUCAUAGAAUACCUGGAGUUGGAAGGGACCCAGAAGGAUCAUUGAGCUCCAGCUCCUGGUCCUGCACAGGACAGCAAAGAGUCACACCACGUGCCUGUCGGAAUUCCUUUUGAGCUCUGGCAGGCUCAGGGCUGUGACCAAUUCAUUAAUUGGAUGACAGUGGAAGCAGUUACACUGUAAAGAGUGUGCACAACUGCACAUUUAUUCAUUGGAUGACAAUGGAAACAGUUACACCCUCAACUGAGUGCAACGGCUCGGCUGAGCAGCUGCAGAUGUCCAACAGGCCGAUGAUGUACCUGUAGAAGAGAGCUGGUCAGAAAAGCACAGCAGGAGGGGACCUGGACCAAAUUGAUCCCACCGAAGGCUGACGGUGCAGCCAUGGCAGUGUUCCAUGCCGUCCUAGCAGGGAUUACAUCCGCAGCUGUCGGGCAGCCAAGAAUGCCUUAACAGAACCGUGAAUGCCGUGUCCGAACCAGAACGUGCCUGAAAGGCUGAGGUACUGCAGUGGGUACCAGGCAUGGAUGCUGCUCCUAGAGCGAGGUUGGAGAAGGAGGAUUGCAGGCACCUGGCAGGAGAUGACAGGUGGAAAUGAAUCCUGUACUGCAGGACCGACAUCUAUGUCCUACUUAACUUGCCUGACUUACAUUCUGGAAGAAUGGACUGGUGUGGAGGAUAUUGGAGAUUAUCUGAGUUAUGCAUUCUACAUUUUAUGGUUGCUGUUUCCACUUGUAGUAGUCUUUGUACUUCCGGGAGUUAUUGUCAUUCUCUUCUAUGUUUCCAUUCUCUGGCUUCAUAUUUAUAAAAGGAAGAAUGAAAUAAAGGAAGCUUAUUCCCAUGAUGUUUGGAUAGGUGCAAGAGAAAUGCUGGCAACCAUAUGGGAUGGACAUGGAAGAAUAUGGCAUGGUUAUGAGCUUCAUGGUGUUGAAAAUAUUCCUCAAGGACCAGGACUUGUUGUGUUUUAUCAUGGAGCUACUCCUGUUGACUAUAUCUAUUUCACAGCUAGACUUCAUAUAAUGAAGAAGAGGCGCUGCAGUGUAGUAGCUGAUCAUUUUGUCUUUAGAUUACCAGGUUUCAGAAUACUACUUGAGGUAUUUGGAGUUAUACAUGGACCAAAAGAAGCUUGUGUCAGGACUCUGGAGGAGGGCCAUCUGUUAGCCAUUGCCCCAGGCGGACUUCGGGAAGCACUCUUCAGUGAUGAAACGUACAAUAUUUUGUGGAGCGAUCGGAAGGGCUUUGCUCAGGUGGCCAUUGAUGCAAAAGUGCCCAUCAUUCCUAUGUUUACACAAAAUGUUCGAGAAGGCUUUAGGACAUUAGGAGGAAUAAAAAUACUUAGGUCGCUAUAUGAGCGUAUUAGAUUGCCAAUAGUUCCUCUGUACGGGGGGUUUCCUGUCAAGUUUCGUACAUUCAUUGGAGAACCCAUUCCAUAUGAACCAAAUAUGACUGCUGAGGAGCUAGCUACAAAGACAAAAGCAGCAGUCCAAGCUCUCAUAGACAAACAUCAGAAAAUACCAGGAAAUAUAUUUAGGGCUUUAAUGGAACGAUUUCAAACACAAAAGAAAGAAGAUUGAGGUCUUCUAAGCUUAAACUUCUAUAACUACUACUUAGAUAUAAUAUUCUUAAGGUGACAUUUGUAAAUUAUUAAUUCUUCUAAUAAUAGGUUUUAAAUACUGUCCUAAUGAUACUGCUGUAUAAAUUAAGAUAGAAGUCCCUUGCCCUUGCCCUUUCCCCUGUCCAGUAUCAAGCUUAGGAACCCAAACUUCAAAUCAUUCAUAAUCGGACAAAGUUUAAUUUUUGAUUAAGUGCAUUCCUACCUUGGAAUUGUCUGGGUUCUUGAUUCUGGAUUUGUUUUGGGGUUUUUCUACAAAUAAUACUACAAGCCUUUAUGUAUACGGUCUGUCUUCCUUUCAGUCUGUCAUUGUCUCCCAUCCCCACCAUAAUGGAUCUCUAACCUGAAUGUCAAACCCUCUGCAAAGCUGGAGUCUUACUGUCUUGACCCUCAUCAUUGUGAGGAGGUUGUGUGGGCCAGAUUAAUGCCAUAUAACACAUAUGAAGACUUUCCUGAGAUUGUUAACUCUCACACUGCUGGGAAACAAUCCACCACUUUUGGCCUGCAGAACCUCUAGCAAUGCCUGCAAAAACCUGUGUUGCAAAGUGUUUUGUUUCUCUGGGUGAGCUCAGAAAGGGUUCAGAGGAGUGAAAAUUGAUUAGAGAACUACAGUGAUCCAGGGAGGUUUGUUAUGGAAACCACUCCAAUGCUGUGAAUGAGAACUCUACAACACUACUGCUAUUCCAAGCCGAGGCAUAUUGGAUAUCUGCCCUUGAGUAGAGACUUGUCCCAUUUAUUUCUCAGUGAAUCUACAAAUUCUCUGUUGAAACAAUGAGCCAAGCGUUCAAACGUCAGAAGUAGAAAUGAGAAUAGUGUUUAUUAAUAUGAGGUCAAAAAUCUUUAUUUUGAUGGAAAGAGAAAAUUGUUACAACACUGUAAAAGCAGUAGUUUUUUUUGAAAAACAGAGUUGGCAUUCCCAAAUACCUUUAAGAUUUAGUAUGUGGAUAAACUAUUAAAUAUAUUCUUCAAACAGUUAUUUAUGUAAAUUAAAUAAUGAAUGAGAGGGAAGUUCUGUAUAUUUUCCUUAAGUGAAAACAAUUGAAUCAACAGGAGAGAGAUGCAAGAUUGGUCUUUUGUGCACUUACAGCAAGUUAUAUUUUUUUUGUUAUCUAAAGCCUAUGGUUUUACUGUCCGUAUAGGAAAUUCCUGAAAUAUUUCUUCAAAUUUCCAGGAAUUUUGAUCUACAGUUCUUAAAUUAACAUUGGGAACUUUUAGUUCUGGAAUGAGGACAAACUCUGUCAGAAAAAAAGAGGGUUUUGCUCUAUCAUGUGGUUGCCUUUCAAUAUUGUUGGGGUGUGACCUUUUCUUAAAGAAAAAUAUUCCCCCCCUCAAAAAAUACCCAGCAAAUAACCAACAUUUGAAGGAGCCAGUUGUAUUUGAUAUAGUAGUCAUUCCUCUACCAUUUAAGCACAUUCUUUUGCUUUAUGCUCUUUUAAAUGUGUAAAUUAGUGACAUUGCAUAACUGCAUGUGGGUGAUGCCCCAUGUUAGAACAAUAUCACUUAAUGGAGAAUUGUCUAUCAAAUGUGUUUCACAAGAAGCAAAAGGCUUACUUACUUUAUGAUACUAUUUUAUACCAAAAAUGUUUUAUGUGGUGUUAAAAUUUUUAAAGCUGUGGGAAGAAUCAUGGUAUGUAAAAGCAAAUGCUCAUUCUGAAGUUUUUUAAAUGACUUGGGUUUUACUUGAAGGCAAGAUUGCAUUCCUUUUAAUUUAUUGGACUGUUAAGACAUGUCAUAAAAACUGUUAACACAUGUCAUAAAAAUACUGUUAAGCAUGUCAUAGAAAAUGAUAAUGCUAAAUUCCUGCAUUGAAGUAUAACUGAAGUAUGAUCUUUUGUUUACUGUCCAUCUUGAGAAAAAUGCAUAUCAGUCUGUGUUGUGAACAUCUCAAAGCUGAAUAUGUUUUGUGUUGCGGUUGCAUGUAUGUAAAAGAGAACUCAAUCUAAAACAUUCUGUUAGAUAUGGACAGACAUUGUUAUCAGAGAUUUUGUAAAAUUUAUUUUAUUAAUUAUGUGGGCUAUUUACUGCAGUUUUGUCCCUUUACGUAUUGAAAGAUCAGUAUAAAAAAUGAAGGGCAGUAUUGGUACUCUCUAAGUGUUCAUAUUUGUAUAGGCCUUUCAUAUUUAUUUCUAUAUAUUAAAAAUAUAUAGAAGACACCUUUUGAAUAAAAUUGACAACUGGAACAGA